GACAGAAGGUGCGAAGUUGAACAUGAUGCCCCAUGAGCAGCACCACGCUCAUGGUGGUCAUGGCCGCAGCGAAAAGCCGAGCCCCCUGGAUCCAGAGUACUGGCGUGGAAUCACCCACUCUGUUGGCGAACCCGUCUCCACCUCCUACGACCAACACUACUAUGACACGUAUUCUCCGCACUCUGGAAUGGCGGUGCACCCCCACCACCAUGUAGUCAUCAGCCCCAUUCCUCAUGCACGGCAAGUUUCAAGCGGGGGAUUCGACAUGCAGGGCAAGUCCAUGGAUGUCAGCAUCUCACAGUCGUUCCAUAACCCCCAUUAUCAGGAGGCGCCGCAACUGAGGGAGCAAUUACGCCGAUGCUUUUCGGCGGUGACAAUGGAUUUGAGGCAGUUGCUGGGCGCGUAUGAUCACCAUCGUUGUGGCGGUGUGACUGUAUCGGCGUUCCAAGACGCACUGAACCAAUGCGGUAUCUUCCUGUCAACUAUGCAGCUCCAUGGGGUCCAGCAACGGUUUUACAACUCCAAGAUGGACGCGAUCGACUACAACGCGUUGUCAUUGUUUGUUGCGUUGGAUUCGCAUGAAGUGGAUGCGAUACUCAAGGACAUUGCCGCGCAUGUGGCGUCUUCCUUUGGCAACAUUCGCCAAAUGCUGCAGCAGUACGACCCCCACGGCUCAGGCUGUGUCCCACGCUCGACGUUUCAAGAGUUUUGCCGUCGCUUCAGUAGCGUCUCCGACGUUGACCUGCAUUGGUUUGCCCAGUCGUUUGUAAGCCCGUACGAGCCGCAUAUGAUCUCCUACGGCCGACUCGUGGAUGUGAUGCCCCAUCCUGCGCCAGGGGGAACGCAAAUGAGUGGAGGGCAUUACGACCCAAGAGGGGCGCCAGUAACGCCCAUGUACAACAUGAAUGCUGCUUUCCCCACGUCGCCAAUGAUGGCGCGUCAACCAUCCCCCCAAGCGGUUCUGUUUUCUCCAACCCAUCAACAGCACACGGGAUAUUCCACCAUGGUGAAUCAUGCCGUUCCAACAGCACAAGUUGUGCUUCAAAAGAACGGCUGGAUCUGUCGCGUAUGUGCGCACCAGCAGAUUGAAGACUGGGUCACACACUGCGAAAUCUGCGAAACGUCCAAACCUCAUGGAGGUGCCCGUGGCAUCUUCGUGAAGUGUCCCCAUUGCAAGUUUGACAAUAACUUUGACGCGACCCGGUGCGAGCUCUGCAACCACACAAUCAAGUCUCGUCAACACCACAAGAAACACAAAAAGAAGAAAUACGCGAGCAGCAGCUCAUCGUCCAGCAGCAGCAGUAGCAGCAGCAGCAGCAGCUCGUCGAGCAGCGACGGGAGCCGACGUCGACGCCGCAAUCGAAGCCAUCGAUCCAAAAGUCAAAAGAAACGACGCCAGGAGCAUACGUCGCGUUUCCAUUCUGGAGAGUCCAUUCAAGCCAUUCCGAUCAAGGGCAACGAGUACGAAACUGGCCGCAUUGUCAAGGCGCACAAGGAUGAAACGUACGACGUGAAAUUCGACACGGGAAAGGUGGAGCAGUACGUUCCCGAGCAAUCCAUCCGAGAGCUGGUUCGAUCGAAACACCACCAGUCGCCGUCGCAUCAUCACCAGCCAUCGUCACCACGGAAGAGCCAUCACCACAGCCACCACGGCCACGACGAGUACCGAGACCCCCACGAGGACAAGCACCACCGUCCAUCGUCUCCGCGGAAGCAUGCGACCUACGACGAAUCAUCCUCAGACGCACCCGUAAAGGCAAAGUCCCCUCGAAAACCGAGUCGCCCCGACCCAAUUAUUACAACCGAUUCAGAAUCGUCUCGACCCCCCAAGUACAAAGUUGGGCAAGGUGUCAAAGCGGAUUACAAGCGCCAAGGCGAGAAAUUGGCCGCGGUGGUGGCCAAGGUGCAUUCGGACGGCUCGUACGACUUGGAAUACGAAACCGGAAAACUCGAGUCGCGGGUUCCCGAAUCGCUCAUUUCCACAGGACUCAGCCACUCGCCAAAGAAGAAGAAACCUGCGGACGACACAACCACGACGACGUCCGAUGAGAAGGUAGUGUUUGAAAAGGGCCAGAAAAUCGAAGCAAAGUAUGGCGCCAAGUCAUCGUGGAAAUCUGGGGUCAUUGCAAGAAAGCGCGUGAAUGGCACGUACGACAUCGAUUACGACGAGGGAGAAAAAGAGUCGGGAGUCGCGACACGACUUAUCCGGGCGAGGCCAACUUCCCCCAAGAAAAAGAAGGCGGAAGCGUCCACCGCGGAAGAAGACAAGCCAAAGAAACACAAGUUCAAACAAGGCGAUAAAAUCGAAGCCCAGUACAAAGGAAAGGACAAGUUUUACCCGGGGGUGAUUGCUCGCGCGCGAUUGAAUGGAUCGUACGACAUUGACUACGACGACGGCGAAAAGGAAAGUGCUGUUAGCGCCGACUUAGUCCGAGCAAAAAAGUCGUCACCAAAGAAGUCCCCCAAGAAGAAGCAACCCGAUGAUACGUCCACGGAAGAAGACAAGUCAAAGAAAAACUUCGAACAAGGCGACAAAGUCGAAGCGAAGUGUGGCGGCGAAGACAAUAUGACCACGGCAUCACGGAAACCGGCGUGGCUGCCGACUUGA